GAGCGGAAUCGUUUGUGAUUUGCGCAUGCGCACCAAGUAAUUCUACCCUCAAACCCGGAUGAAACCAACGCCUAACUUGUCGGUAGAAAAACGAUGCAGACUAUAAAAUGUGUGGUAGUCGGGGACGGCGCAGUUGGAAAGACCUGCUUACUGAUCUCCUACACAACCAACAAGUUCCCCUCAGAAUAUGUGCCCACAGUUUUCGACAAUUAUGCCGUCACAGUGAUGAUCGGGGGGGAGCCCUACACGCUGGGCCUCUUUGACACGGCAGGUCAGGAGGACUACGACAGGCUGCGUCCUCUCAGCUACCCACAGACGGACGUUUUCCUCGUAUGUUUCUCCGUCGUCUCUCCGUCAUCCUUUGAAAACGUCAAAGAGAAGUGGGUUCCUGAGAUUUCCCACCACUGUCCAAGCACUCCCUUCCUGCUAGUGGGGACACAAGUGGACCUCCGGGAAGACAGCAACACCAUUGAGAAGCUGGCCAAGAACAAACAGCGGCCCCUGGCGCUGGAGAGCGGCGAGAAGCUGGCGCGAGAGCUCAGAGCUGUCAAAUAUGUGGAGUGCUCUGCGCUCACGCAGCGAGGACUGAAGAACGUGUUUGACGAAGCCAUCCUGGCAGCACUGGAACCGCCUGAGAUCAAAACCAAGAGGAAAUGUGUUCUCCUAUAAAGAAAAGCCAACGAGAGAGAUGUUGGAGGGGAGGGAGGGGGGGGGGGGGGGUGUCAGACGUCACAGGGAAAAUUCAACGGAAACAUCCGUGGUUAUUUGGGAGGCGGAAAAUAAGGACAAACCAAAGGGGGGUGGGAAGAACAAUGCCGCGGAGAUAUUUGCUCACUGAUUGUACCUUCUGAACCGACUUUGAACGAGGCCUCCAUCAUGCAAUAUCUGUCCUUUUACUGAAAGCUUUUUAGAGAACUACUGUAUUCUUCGUCUGUAUUCAGGUGUCCCCCGCCCCUUUCCCCUCACUGCUUACUGUAACGGUUCUUUGCUGUGUUCUAUUUUUUUUUUUUUAAGGAAAUGUCCAUUUUUAAAGAGCCCUUUGUCCUCAUUGUGCAGAAAAUGGCCUGAAACGACAUUUAGAGACGUUUAACGGGGCGCUGAAAUGUUAAGUGGUACUCCUUUUUUUAUUUUUAAUUUUAAUUUUUUAUUUUCUGCCCUUAUUGGAUUAGCCGAAUAAAAACCCCAAAGAUUUAGCGUCAAUCCAAACAAAUCUGUCUGCCAUGUUUACUUCCCUCAGGGCUAAGUGCGUUCUCAAGUGUUUUUAUUUUAUUUUUUAUUAUUUUCUGUAUGCAUCAUGUAUGUUGUUCUGGGAAAUCUUUUAGCCUUUUUGAUUUUAAACUUGAAUUUAUUUUAUCUUGAUUCUCUUUUUUUAUUGCUAGAUGACCAACAGUGAUUGAUUUGAAUAAAAAAAAAUAAGAUAUGAUAUUUUUGAUAAAAACUUAAAUUUGACAUAACAUCUUUUUUUGAAAUGUUUAGGGUAUAAGCAAUCAGAGGAUAUUUUUGAUAAAAUACUUUUUUUAUCAAAUGCAAAAAGGAGUUCUGUUUUGUCUGUUGAGAAAUUAUUGUAUAAAAAUAAAGUCUUGUUGAAGGAU